CAAAACAGAAUGUAACCAAGCACACACACACACACAAAAAAACAGAAUUAACCAUCGCUGCUAUGCGUCCACAGUUCAGAGCCGGAGCUUUCUCUCAAAUGGGGUUCACUAAGCGCCCCCGAAAUUAUUAUCCUGUGAGCACCAACCCAGCAAGUGAAGAAGUGGAGAAGAGCAUUUACUCUCUUCUUACCCUGGACCGUUGGGGUUCACUCAAUCAUAUGGGGUAUAAAAUGGCUUCACUAAGGCCAGUUCAUGGGAAAAUGGCUUUAAAAUUCUUGAAUUGGUUUAUUAAGCAACCUGGUUUGCAGUUCACUCAUAUUAUUCAUAUAUAUGGUAUCACGACUCACAUACUCGUUAGAGCUAGAAUGCAUGACUAUGUUAAGUCAAUUUUGGGGCAUUUAGCUGACAUGGGUGUUGGGUCAAGUUCUAUUUUUGGUGCUCUUAUGGAUACAUAUCGCCUCUGCAGUUCAAACCCUUCUGUUUUUGAUAUCUUAAUUAGGGUUUAUGUGAGAAAAGGUGAACUUAAAGAUGCUCUUCAGGUAUUUAAUUUGAUGAGUUCUCAAGCAUUUAAACCGUCGGUUUACACUUGUAAUAUGGUUCUAGCAGCAAUGGGGAAGCAGGAAAGUGCUGAGUCCGUAUGGUCGUUUUUCAAAGAAAUGCUUGCUAAACGUAUUUGUCCCAAUGUUGGUACGUUUAAUAUACUUUUACAAGUUCUUUGUGCCAAAGGGAAGGUUGAGAGAGCAAAUUGUUUGCUUGCAAAGAUGGUAGAGAGUGGUUAUAACCCUGAUUUGGUUACUUAUAAUACUUUGCUUAAUUGGUAUUGCAAGAAGGGAAGGUAUAAAGCAGCUUUAGAACUGAUUGAUUGCAUGAAUUCCAAGGGUCUUGAAGCUGAUGUUUGUACUUACAAUAUGUUUAUAGAUGACUUAUGCAGGAAGAAUAGGAGUGCUAAGGGCUAUUUAGUAUUGAGGAAGAUGAGGAAGAGAUUGAUUGUUCCAAAUCAUAUUACCUAUAAUACUCUUAUUAAUGGGUUUGUGAAAGAGGGGAAGAUUGACGCUGCAAUGAAGAUUUUUCAUGAGAUGUUGAAGCUCAAUCUUUCACCAAAUUGUAUCACUUUCAAUGCUUUGAUUGAUGGGCAAUGUCGAGCAGGCAAUCUUAAAGAGGCUCAAGAAAUACUGACUGAAAUGGAAACAAGAGGUCUACGGCCUGAUGAAGUUAGUUAUGGGGCUCUCUUGAAUGGUUUUUGCAAGCAUGGCAUGUUGGAUUCUGCAAGAGAUAUCCUCAAGAAGAUGAAGCUGAACAGAUUAUCUCUCAAUCAGCAUGCAUAUACAAUGUUAUUAGAAGGGAUAUGCAAAACGGGGUCGCUAGGAGAAGUUGUACCGUUACUUGAGAAUAUGUUUGAGAGUGGUAUAUGUCUUGAUGUUGUUGCAUACUCGGUACUUCUAAAUGGAUUUUGUAAAGCUGGAAUGCUAAAUACAGCAAUGGAAAUAUUAUGUAGGAUGUACAAGUUUGGAGUUUUCCCAAAUGAUGUAGUAUACUCUACUUUGAUCUACAACUUUUGCAAGCAACAAGAUGUCCUAAAAGCAAUGAGAAUCUAUGCAAUGAUGCACAAAACAGGCCAUACUCCUGACACUUUCAUAUGCAACUCACUGAUAUCUUCUCUUUGUACAGGUGGAAGAGUAAGAGAGGCAGAGGAUUUCAUGCGUCACAUGUGUACGAUUGGUCUUGUUCCCAAUUCUGCUGCUUUUACUUCUGUUAUUGAUUGCUAUGGGAAUGUAGGUGAAGGGUUAAAAGCAUUAUCCUGGUUUGACGAAAUGAUUAACUUGGGUAGACAGCCUAGCUUUUACACCUAUGCAAGCUUACUAAAAGGAAUAUGCAGAGGAGGGAACCUUACAGAGGCGCUUGGAUUAUUUGAUAGGCUCCGUGGAAUUUACUGUGCGACAGAUGUUGUUGUCUACAACUCAUUGCUGGCUGAGAUCUGUAAGUUAGGUCACUUCCACAUGGCAUUAAUCCUUAUCAAUGAGAUGGUUCAGAUUAAUGUGCUCCCUGAUAGUCAUACCUACACCAGUCUCCUAGCUGGCUUGUGUCGGAAGGAUAAGUUGGUCCCUGCAAUUCUUAUGUUGGAAAGAGCAUUGAGUAGAGGAGACCCCUCUUCAAACCGGGUCAUGUAUACAUGUAUUAUUGAUGGGCUUUUCAAGAGUGGCUUGCCUAAGGUUGCCAGUUUCUUCAUUGAUGAGAUGACAUGGAAAGGUCUUGCCCCAGAUACCGUGGCACUGAAUGUAGUGAUGGAUGGUUACUCAAAACAUGGACAGAUUGAUAAGGUGAGUAGUUUCUUUUAUACAAUGAGAGAGAGAAGUGAAAUGCCUUCCUUGGCUACAUAUAAUAUUCUAUUACGAGGCUAUUCGAGACAGAAGAACAUAUCUGAGUGCUCUAAGUUAUAUCAGUCUCUUAGAGAAAAAGGUUUCACUCCAGAUAAAUUAACAUGCCAUUAUGUGACUCUUGGAUUCUGUGAGUCCAGUCUGCUGGAUAUUGGGGUUAAAUUUAUGAUAAAAAUGAUCUUGGGGGGAAUAGUGGCAGAUAAAUUCACAUUCAACAUGAUCAUCAGUAAAUAUUGUGAAAGGGGUGAGAUGAAGAAGGCCCUUGAUCUUCUUUCUUUAAUGACUGCCUCAGGUGUUUCUCCUGAUGGAGACACUUACAAUUCAAUAUUUAAGGGACUGAAAAGAACAUUGGACUUCCAAAAUUCACAUCGUCUCUUGCAUAAAAUGAUCGAAGAGGGUUUUGUUCCAGUUGACAGACAAUACUGCAAUUUAAUCACUAGUAUGUGUAAGGUUGGAGAUGUUAAGGGAGCAUUCAAACUAAAAGAUGAAAUGGAAUUAUUAGGUGUUAGCUCUCGUACUAUAGCUGAGGGUGCAAUUAUAAGAGGGCUUGUGCUUCGUGGGAAGAUGGAGGAAGCAAUGCUGGUACUUGAAUGUAUGCUACGGGUGCAUCUACUUCCGACUGUUGCCACAUUUACAACUGUGAUGCAUGGACUUUGCAAAAGUUCUAAGUUUUAUGAGGCCUUAAAAUUGAAAACUACAAUGGAGCUUCAUGGUGCAAAGCCAGAUGUUAUUGCUUACAAUGUCCUCAUAACAGGCCUUUGUGCCGGUGGUUAUAUUGAUGAUGCAUAUGAUCUCUAUGAGGAGCUGAAAGAGAGGGGUAUGUGUCCCAAUAUUACAACCUUCACGGUUCUUCUCAAUGCAUUUUGUUCUGGGAAUGAUCUUGCAAAGGGUGAAAAUCUUUUAAAUGAUCUGCAAGAGAGAGGACUGGUAGGUGAAUAUUCAAAUAACCAAGCAUUAUGUGAAAGAUUGACAAUCGUGAAGGAAAAGCUAAAUGCUUUAAGAAAGAAGAAAAAGAAAAAAAGAUAAGUAUAUUGAUAUAGAAAGAUAACACUGGGAACAUUUAUCUAGCUUGCUGGAAAUGAUCUCUUCAUAGGGGUCUCAUGGCUUAAACUGGGCUUCAAUGGUUUAGAUCAGGUCUAUCUGAGACAUCUGCAACUGGAACUUUGGACACUUCUACCAUUUGAAGUGUAUUUCUAUGUUCGGUGUCCUUUUAAGAUAUCUGUCCUACAAGGUGGAUAUGAGGAUAUUGCAGCUCACAAAGUGGUCAACUGUGUAUCUGACACUGAUCUGUCUGAAUAGCUUAUGUGCUCUACAUUGAAGUGCAUUUCGUUAUCUAUCAAGACCACUAGAUUGAAGUGUCGCAAAUCACACCGAAGCUUGUUUCUUCAAUAUUUACUAAUCUCUGGCAAAAUACGAACAAAUCCUGCCUCCACCUAACUUUCUGAAGAAGAGAUAAGGUAUUGUUUCAAUUGUUGAUCAUAGUCCUAUUCAAUUGUAUCUUUUACCCUUCUUGGUUAUUUGUUGGAAACGGAAGUCAGAAAUAGCUUUCAGAAAUCAAGUGCCUUGCUGCUAGGUGUCGGUGAUCAGGUAUUGGACAGUUUAUUGACCUGAUAUGUCUACUUGUAGCAAGCUUUUUCUUGUCACUUCUUUCUCAACGCCUCCCUUCAAAAUAAAAAGGUAGAAAUCAUAUGAAAUGAUAUGUAUGUAUCAUCAGGAAACCAUCUAUGGACUCAAAUUUCCUUAGAAGACUGCAUUCUUCAGAUAUUUUGAAACCAGUUUGUAAAAUAUUUCCUCUUUUAAGUUGGUCUUUUCUUGGUAUCCAAACAACAUUUUAAGAAUGUGAAUUUCCACUGUUUUCAAGGGUUGUCACUCUGCUUUUACCUUGGACUGAUCGAAGUCUCGGAGUAUUAGAUGCUAGAAGUGCUGAUCCUAACAGUGAUCAUUUACGUUCAGCAACUCCAGCUUGUACUCCACUUGCUGGAAGAUGAACUCAGUAGCAGAUUGACGACUUCUCCAACAGUUUUCUGAGACCUCAUCAUAUCCAUGGACUCACAAUAAGGCAUCUCCCUGAUAUACGCUGCACCACAACAUCUUUAACAUAUGUGGACCUAAUAAUGAAGGCAGCCAGCCAGAUGAUGCUGUGGGUCAUCUACCUGCAGCCAGUAUUUGAAGCAACCAGAGGAGUCUGGCAGAGAGAUGGAAUAUGCAGUGCUCAUUUCAUUAGCUCCGUUUCUUUCUGUAGCAGAAGAUCUCCUUCUUGUUCGCAUGGCAGACAAAAGAUGUAACUACUAACUGAAUACAUAUUUAUUGCUAGUGAUGAUGGUAGAUGACAAUAUUGAUUAAAAAUGGCUAUUGAUCGUAUUAGUUGCUGGUAAACGAUAGUAAUAAUUGAUAGUGAUGGUGAAUGAUAAUAAUAAUUGGUGAUG